AUGUACGAACUUGGUGAAGGAGGAUUCGGCGUCGUUUACAAGGGUAUACUUCCUAAUGGACAAGAAAUAGUUGUAAAGAGGCUGUCAAGAACUUCUGGACAAGGAAAAGAAGAAUUUAAAACUGAAGUUAUAUUGGUAGCCAAGCUUCAACAUAGAAAUCUUGUAAGGCUAUUGGGAUUUUGCUUACAAGGAGAAGAAAAGAUAGUUGUCUACGAAUUUGUGCCCAACAAAAGCCUUGACUACUUUUUAUAUGUACCUGGACGUCAAAGACAACUAGAUUGGUCAAGCUAUUAUAAUAUUAUUGGAGGGAUCGUUCAAAGGUUUCUUUAUCUUCAUGAAGAUUCUCGACUUAGAAUUAUACAUUAUGAUCUUAAAGCCAGUAACGUUUUGUUAGACGGAGAUAUGAAUGCAAAAAUUUCAGAUUUUGGUAUGGCAAAGAUUUUUGAAGUUGAUCAAACUCAAGGAAACACUAGUAGAGUUGUUGGCACAUAG